GUAGGUCGUUGGAAAGAUGUUUGGGCGCGAAUUUUGUAAAACUUUUGGCGCGUUGCUCUCAUCAACAAGAAGUUCAUCAACAGUACUGUGCCGAACACAACUAACAAAAACUUCAAAGAUGUCCAUGGUGACAAUUCCAGGCAUGGACGUUCACAGUGUUGUGGAUUUGAGAGGUCAAAUUCAGGUCAUCUUUGGGCCGAUGUUUUCGGGUAAAACAACUGAGUUACUCAGACGAAUCAAGCGGUACCAGGUAGCAAACCAUUCAUGUAUGGUGAUCAAAUACGAGAAGGACAACCGCUAUGACACAGACGGUGUAGCAACACACGAUAGGCAAAGCCUUCGAGCCUCUGCUUGCUCAGUGUUAAACGAUAUUAGGAAAAAAGCCAUAGAUUAUUCUGUUUUGGGAAUUGAUGAAGGACAAUUUUUUCCAGACAUUGUAGAGUUCUCAGAAGAAAUGGCUUCUCUUGGUAAAACUGUUAUAGUUGCUGCAUUAGAUGGAACCUUUCAAAGGAAGGCCUUUGGAGCUGUUCUGGAUCUUGUUCCUCUUGCAGAGAGUGUUGUCAAACUUAAUGCAGUCUGUAUGCAUUGCUUUAAAGAUGCGGCAUUCACAAAACGAUUGGGGGAGGAGACAAAGGUUGAGGUUAUAGGGGGAGCUGAGAAAUACAUGGCUGUUUGCCGGGAUUGCUAUCAGUUCUCAACUGUCCAACAAGUGUUGGCUGGGGCCCCAAUAAGAGGCAGCUUUCACUAGGUGUAACAACUCAAAUUGCUGUGUUAAAGCUAGUAUUUUUUCAUGAAUUUCACUUGUACCUUUGCAUAAUGCACAUAUUUACCACACGCUGUACCAAAACUAUUGCCUCAAACUGCCAAGCAGUGAUUUAAGACGUUUUAGUAUAGUGUUUUGUGAAGACAGAGAAAAACAAUUCUUUUUUAUGGUCAAUUUGAUUAUGCUGAGAUUCAUCUGCAAGUAUUUGUAAAUAAAGGCCGAUAGUUUCAAAAGAAACUGUUUGGGGCUGCGUCAGUGGGGGUAACAAAAUAAUUUGGAUAUAU